AUGCAAGUACUCAAAACAGUCAUGCUUCAUAUCAAGUGUCGAAACAGUAUUUAUCCUAGAACUGAUGGAAAAAUUAUUCGUUUCCAUGUACCAGAUGAUAAAGUUAACUGGAAUUCUUCAUACUCAAUGUAUAAUCCACCGACUUUUACAUCAACAUCAGUCAUUGGUCAACCAUGGGCUGAUCUUGAUUUGAGUACAUUAGAAUUUAAUCCUAAUUGGAAUUCCAUUGAUGGUAAUAUUAAUAGGAUUAGUUUAACUGGAAAGUAUGAAGUAAAAAAUGGCUAUCCUCUGAACCCCUGUGGCCGAACUGGUCUAAUUGGUCGAGGAGUUUUAGGACGUUGGGGUCCAAACCAUGCUGCUGAUCCAAUCGUUACUCGCUGGAAAAAAUGUAAUUCUGAAAAUGAACAUAUAUUUCAUGAAGAUACAAAUAAACCUAUUCUUCAAUUUGUUGCUAUUCAGAGAAAAGAUUCAGGUGAUUGGGCAUUACCUGGGGGUAUGGUUGAUUCCAAUGAACUAGUUGCAACUACUUUAAAAAGAGAAUUUAUGGAAGAAGCAAUGAAUAUGCUUGAAAAAUCUAAAAUAGAUGCUGUAAAAAUAGAAAAAGAAAUUGAAGAUGUAUUUAAGGAAGGUAUAGAAAUUUAUCGUGGAUAUGUUGAUGAUCCUAGAAACACUGAUAAUGCUUGGAUGGAGACUAUUGCAACUCAUUUUCAUGACAACAAAGGAGAUAACGUAGGAAUAUUAAAACUUAAUGCAGGAGAUGACGCAGUUGGAGUUAAAUGGGUAGAUUUAGAUAAGAAUCUAAAACUAUAUGCCAAUCAUUUAAUAUUUUUAGACAACAUUUCUAAAAGACUAAAAUGUCAUUGGUAA